AUGCCGCAUCCACUCGUUGUCCCAUUCUUUGCUGCGGGCAAAGAGCCGCUGCCUCCGGGUUACACUGAAGAGGACCGGACAAACUUGAUGCAGGCUCAGAAGUACCAGACCAUGAUGCAGUCUGGGAUGGAGAGCUGUGUGGCGAAGACAGUGAUUGCUGGUGUUGGUGGAUUCGCACUGGGUGGAUUCUUCUCCCUUAUGUCCGCUUCAUUCGCGUACGAGGACCCAUUAUCUCGCUCGGUGACUUCAACAAGUCAUGCGCAACGAGCGCGAGAUAUUUUCAAGGAGAUGGGCAGAGGAAUGUGGACGAGUGGAAAAGGUUUCGGUAAAGUGGGAGCCUUGUUUGCGGGUAUCGAAUGCUGUAUAGAGUCGUAUCGUGCGAAGAAUGACAUGGUGAACCCCGUUGCUGCUGGAUUCCUUGCCGGUGGUGUUUUGGCACGAAACUCUGGGCCAAAAGCUGUAGUCGGUGGUGGUAUCGCGUUCGCUGCCUUCUCCGCAGCAAUAGACCUCUUCUUACGAAGAGAAACACCGGAUGACGACUGA